CCCGCCUGGAAGAGGCCUCGCCACAGCAGGGCUGCAGGGAGUAUCCACUACGAGAGCUCCCGGAGGAGGCCCCUCGCCGUUCUGCCCCCAGGGGGGGGGGCCCUGCGGCGGCUGCGCGCUCGCUAUGGCCCUCGCGAGGGCAGCCUCGGUGGCACGGCGAGCGGCGCCGGCAGCGUCGUCGUCCCAGGCGCUGUGCCUCUUGCAUCGGCGGUUCAAAGAUAGGCCCCCGUCGUUGAACCACCCACUGCAGCCCCCGCCCGUGCUGGCUCGGGCCGUGGGCAGGGCUGCCGGGCCGAGGCCCUGGAGGCGGUCGUGCGCCGGGGCGUCGCGCUCGCCGUUCGAGGUGCUGGGCCUGGAGGCCUCCGCGACACAGGCGGACGUCAAGAGGGCUUAUUUCGAGCUCUCGAAGAAGUGCCACCCCGACGUGUACGACGCGCCCGACGCGCUGGAGCGCUUCCAGGAGAUCGGCAGGGCGUACACAAUGCUGAUAGACGAGGAGCUUCGCCGUUCGUAUGAGGCCCAGGCAGGCAUAUAUCAGCAGGGCGAAACCUCUUUUCAAGACCUCUUCGACCGAAUAUUCAGGGACAAAAGGUUGAAGGACCCGAGCUUGGCUGUGGAGGAGCGCGCGCUGUACGCCAUAACCGAAGCCAGGAAAGGCAACGAAACGCCCAUGCGGGACUUCGUCGUGGACUACCGGCUGCCGCCGCAGCUCUUCUUGCCGCCGAAUCCUGUGCUUGAGGCGCGGCCUGGAGGCGGCGGCGGUGACGAGGACCUGGCAGACGAUGGGACGCGCAACACAAUCAACGACUUGCUCUCGAAAUCUCCGAUCUCCGGGGGAGGCUGAGCCAGCCUCGAGCGCGAAGCAGCUUGGCGCUGGAGGCGCGCGGAGCGGCGCCUGCGGCAGCGCCGACGUCGAGGCAGCAGCAGUGCGAGCACUUCUUCUCGGACUUGCCAGGCGAGCAGCGCAGACGGCCCUGCGCUGAAGCGGCCGGUUCUAACCAGGCGCGCUGAUGUUCAGAGCGCGCGCGAGGACUUCGGGAAUCAGGUGCCAUCAUUUGUUCUGUGGAGAAGCGAGCACUGCACUCGAGGCUCAUCCGAAGGCGCCCCUGAAAGAGCACCCAUGGGAUUUCAACGAAAAUUGCGUCG